CGCUAUAUAAAGACGUACAUUCAGACAGCUAGAGUAUCAUCACUCAUUCUUCGAAGCCGAAAACCCAACAACACACAAAAAUGGCGAGCCCAGAAAAACCGACAAAAACCAAAGGAUGGGGAAAGCUUCGGGAGAUGGGACCCACAGAAAUCACCAGAAUGCUCCACCGUGAAAAGCGAGAGAUCGAUUUGUACUCGGAGAAAGUCCAACUAAGCUCCAAGAUCAUCUCCAGAUUGCUGAAGGGUUUGGAACACGUCAGGGACAAGCGAAAAGCUCCUGUAAAAACUACUCCGGUCAAAAUGGUCGACCAGUCAACAUCGCCAGAACCAAAGUUAUCGCGCAAAAUGCUCCAGAAAGAAAUGGAUAUAUUGAAGUCGUUGCUGUGGGAUAAAGAGCAGGAAAUUAAAUCGAAAGACGCGGAGAUCAAGGAGCUGAUUGGUCAAUGUAAGGACAAGGACGAGAAGAUAGAGCAGCACCUGAGAAAAGUGGAAUUGGCUGUCCCUACGGUCAUGGAGGCCUUGAUGAAACAGGUGAACGAACUCAGCAUCUUGCGUACUCAAGAUCCCUCCGUCGAGAUUGAUCCGGAAGAAAUCAAGAAAGCACGAGUCGCACUUGAAGGGGAAUGAAACAUGUGUAUUAAUAGCCAAUAAUGUGUAUUGGCUAUGAGGAGAACGAGCAUGAAAAACUUGCUGGAAAGACUAUAUCCGAAACUGUACAAUCCAUUUUGUAAUAUUUCGUACAGUCGAUAAUGUACAAGAUGUUGUCUUCAAUGUGUAGCACUUCGCAUUUUUUUUUCUUUUUUUAAUAUCUGUAUGGUUGUGAAAAAAGUAGUAGCCUUACGAGUGUGCCAUGCAGCAGACGUCACUCACAGCUAUAGUCAGUUUCGCUACUCGAGGCCCACGGUUUCUUGCACUAGGGACCAUUCCCUGCCCACUAUACCAGGUCCUUGUAAGUUAAUAACAUUCAAACAUUAAACUAUUUGUAUACCUCCUAUGUUUGAAGCAUCUUGAAAACGAUUUCGGGGCUUUGUGCUCUUCACAGUUUCUAAAGAUAUGGCCGAAAAGUUCCGAUGCAGAUUACAAGGAAAGACAACAGAUAAUAUAA